AUGUUCAGGGGAUCAUUCGGAUCCUCCUGCCGGACCCGGAAUCAAUCCGACGUCGUGGAGAAAUCCCCCUUCCUCCCUCACCAGCAAACUGCCAACAACGAUGAAACCGGCUCUGUUUCGUCGCUAAAGGCUCAACCUUUCCCGACCAUAUGCAGAGCAGCAACCUGUCCUGAAAACGCCAGUCAAGUGAUCAAUCACUGUACCAUCCCUUCCAGAAGAAAGGAAUCCCACCGCCGACGAUACCCUCCUCUCGUUCCGAACUCCGGCAAAGGGAACGGGUUCCCUCCGGCGUCCCCUGCUUCUCCCCUGACCCGGUCUUACUACCAGAAAAAACAGAGUACCCAAAAACAGAGGGUGGAAAGCAAGAAGAAGAAGAAAAAGGCCACAGCCCAGAAGCGGGAAACGAGUUCCCUUUUUAGUUCUUCCUCCCUCGACAGCGCCUAUUUCGCCGGAAGUUACUAUUGGUUCAGCAGCGACUGCGAAGAAGGAGGAAAAGGCGUAAAAAAUGGGUACGAGAACGACGAAGAAUCCGAUACUCUGUUUUUCUCCUCCAGAAGCCUCUCAUCCGAUUCGUCGGCUCUCUCGGCCAGCCGACGCCACCACCGGCGGAAACCUCGCCGCCGUGAAAAUCAUGAUUCCGGGAGGAGGAAACAAAGAGGAGGGGAAAUCGACAACUCGUCGCCGAAGAAGGGCGUCGUCGCUAAAAAGACUGCCGACAAAGCUAAAGGUGGUGACAAAAGGGGGAUGCUGCCGUUGGAAGGGAAAGUGAAGGGGAGCUUUGCAGUGGUGAAAAGCUCGAGCGAUCCGUACAACGAUUUCAGGACUUCAAUGGUGGAGAUGAUCAUCGAGAAGCAGAUAUUCGGUGCCAAAGAUUUGGAGCAGCUGCUGCAGUGUUUCUUGUCUCUCAACGCCGACCAUCACCACAGGAUCAUCGUCGAGGUUUUCACCGAGAUUUGGGAGGCACUCUUCUCCACCUGGUCGUGA